UCGGUGUACGCCGAGGGGAGGAGCUUAGGUGGGCCGAGCCAGCUCUGUCUGGGAAGCAAGCUUUUCUUCUGAGUGACCCUGAAUGGCCAGGCUGCGUUGGUCCUGGAUGGAAGAGACCGGGAGGCAGUGAAGAAGGGUGUGUGGCUUGAGAGAAGCUGGGGCAGCGCUAACCAGCUAAGGUUCCUAAAGGGUGGAUCUAGGCAGCUGGUGGGAGUUUUGAGGUGCAACCAUGGAGUGGAAGGUGUAGUUCUAUUUUUCCCAGCGUUAUUCCUUUCAGAAGAGUUUGGGGUCCCACUGUUGCCUGAAGUUACCAAAAAGUGUGUGCCAUAUUGGGUGUCUGGAGACUCUUGGGAAGUUACAGUUUGCGUGGGGUGUGGCUGAAUGGCUGUUUACUGACUUAUCAGUUGUGAAGGUUCUUGAACUCUAUUCUGUAUUGCUUUCCUUGCUCAGGGAUUCAUGGCUACACUUACGCUUACCUUGUGGUUUGUGCUAAGAGGUUGUCCCCUCAACACUUAGCACACUGAACCUCGAAACUGCUUGUAGGUGUAGUGUUUUCAUUGGGGGUAGAACUUUAUGCCCUGUGAAACUUCAAGGUCCCAGAAAAGUGUUAAGCUCUGGAGGCACUAUGCUUCAGUGAACUUAACGUUUUAAGUCCCUUUCAAAUAAUGCCAAUAUCUGAAGAAGGGAAGACCUAAGCUGGGGGUCUCUCCUGCAUUGAAGUUUGCAGGCAAGGUUGAGCAAGAAAGGGUCUCACUGUCUUGCUUGAGGCCAAUGUCCAGCUUAUCCAUUGUGAGAGGACAGAUGCCCAAACCUUUUCUUUUCUGUCAGCCUGAAUGGGUGGUCCAGAGUCCCUUGCUGUCUUGAGACUGUCCAUCGCAGUGAGUGAAGUACUUGGAGGAGGGCUGAGUUGUUGGAAGGCAGCAGGUCCAGAUCAGCCACUCUGAGCUUCUUCCUCAGGCUCUGGAAAGAUCUCUGAACUGUAUCCCUCAGCACAGCUGUCCCCCAAAACUGUCUGCCUAGUCACUGUGUGUCUCUAGGCUUGCAGAAGCCCGGCAGGUAGCUGAAGGCACUGUCUUUCCUGAGAUCUGCCCUCCCCCCUUAAGCAUACAUGAAUGAAUAUACACAUGCACGUUUGCUAGUGUGUGCACACACGCACACAUGCACACACCUUUGAUCAGGAGGGAAUUGGCUGCACUAGUGCUGAGUUCAGGCCUUUGGCAGAGGGUAAAAUCUGUUGAGGAGGCACUUUUUAGCUCCCAGCCGCCACACUCUGCACUUUUCUUUGCGAUCUCAGGAAGUCACCACCGUUUUGAGCUUAGCAGUAUGCAUAAGGGAAGCUCCUGCUAAGGCUGUGCCCCUCACCUGACUCACACUCCUAGUGUGUGGGUAUAGGGCCAACUUGUAAGAAAGACAGACAGAUGCCCUUCAGACCUCACAUCUGAGUUCUGCCUUUCUCUUUGAUCUAGCAGGACUGUGGCCUCUGAAAAUGCUCGUAAUUUAUUUAGCCUUGUAGAAGUCUCUCUGGCUUCCAUGCUUGCUUAAUGUUUGCGUGUAGCCACACCUCCUGUUCAAGGCUAAGAGUGGUAGGUAAGGCUAAUGAGAACACUAGUGCUGCCCUGGCUCACACAUCCGUUCCUUUGAUCAGAUGAACUCUCCACCCAGCACAGUUUCGCCUGAAGUGCUCACAGCCUUCAGCCUUCUGAAAGAGACCUUCGGCAACCUCACCUGCAGGUCCUUCCUCAUUCCCUGCAUCUCUACCCGUGGGACUGGUGGGUGUUGGGCCAAGUGGGGAUUCCCAGCCUAGGUAUACAAAAAUGUCCUUGGCAAGGCUUCAGAAGGCUGAAAUGAGAUUGAGCCCAGAGGGGCCGCUGACUGUAGGAGGUAGCUGUUUUGCUUUUGUUCCCUGGCCCUGUGGUCAUUGACCCUAGGCAGAGAGCCAAAGACCAGUCAGUGACCCAAAGGGGCUGGCUGGCUCUUGCCUGCUUCCAGCUAACAGUGCUCUUCCUCUGCUAAUUGUGGGAGCCCUUGUGAAACACCCUGUGUCGGGUGGGGCAAGAGUACAGGAUGCUGCAACCAAGCCACAGGAUGGUUACCCCAUCUGUAAAGGAGAUGCACAGGGAGGACUGGAGGGGCCUGGGCUCAGCUCCUCCCAGCCGGAUUGCCUGCUACCUGGAAGGGAAAGGGCCUUCUGAAGCAGCCAAGCUCAGAGUGCCUGCUCACUGUGUCCCCCGGGUUAUGACGACCCCCAAUAAAGGAAACAAGGCCUUAAAGGUGAAGCGGGAGCCAGGCGAGAAUGGCACCAGCUUGACCGAUGAGGAGCUGGUGACCAUGUCGGUGCGAGAGUUGAACCAGCACCUGCGAGGCCUAUCCAAGGAAGAGAUUAUCCAGCUGAAGCAGCGCCGGCGCACACUCAAGAACCGAGGCUACGCAGCCAGCUGUCGAGUGAAGCGGGUGACACAGAAGGAGGAGCUGGAAAAGCAGAAGGCGGAGCUACAGCAGGAGGUGGAGAAGCUGGCCUCCGAGAAUGCCAGCAUGAAGCUGGAGCUCGAUGCGCUGCGCUCCAAGUAUGAGGCCCUGCAGAACUUUGCCAGGAUGGCCUGCAGCCCUGUGGCCCCGGGGGGUCCCCUUGCUGCUGGCCUGGGGCCCCUGGUCCCUGGCAAGGUGGCUGCCACCAGCGUCAUCACAAUAGUAAGUCCAAGACGGAUGCUCGGGUCAUAGGGACACGUGCAGUUGCCAGGCAGGUCUUUGAGGGGCCACUAGGUGCGUGGCAAAGUUGGCAGCCCCGUCCCUCUUCCUUUCUUUUCCCUUCCUUUCUACUUUCCCUUCCCUCUUUCCUUCCCUGCAAAGCACAACCUGCACCCAGGGGCACCGGGCUGAGCCCCUUGAUAUCAUCUUUGUUGUCACGCCUGUGUUUUGUACGUUGGGAUCGGUCAGUUCAACAGUGAUGUUGGGUUGCCCCUAACCCCUUUGUACCAAGGCCAUGCAGGCUAGGAGUCCGGAGUGGGCACUGUGGGAAUGGACGAGAGUGCAAGUGGGCAAGUGUACUGGGCUUGGGUCUGCCCUUCCCGGUGGUCUGCAGGGGGACUUGAGAGCUUUCUUUUCAGAUUUCCAGUGGGCCUGUUUGAUCCAGAAGGAGGAGAUGGGCUCUGCCCUGAAACGUGGUUAUAUCUUGAAGCCCCUGGAUGGAUAGGCCACCAGCCUGGGCACUGGGGCAGGAACCAUGGUGCUGGAGCCUGGCACAGUGCACCGGAUAAGACCAAAUCGCCGGUUAUGAGUGUGGGUGGAAGGUGUGUCAGUGUGUCCUGCGAUGGGUCCGGUGUCACUGUUUACAUGACCUAUUUGUGUGGUUAUAUAGCCCUUUAUUUAAAAGAGAAGUUCCUUUUACGGAGUUAUUAAAUUAUAUGUUUAAGAGCUAAAAAGAAAAAAAAGCUGCAGAGUAUUUAUAAAAUUGUCUUAAAAAACAAAAACAAAAAACAACAUUUGACCGUAUAAAUGGAUAAGGGAAGAAAGUAUAGUAGAAACUUUGCUAGUUUAAAAAAAAAAUCCCUUUCUUGUAAACCUGGGGACAGCUCUGUGGCUGUUGGAGUUUAGUUUUUAUACACAGAGUUAUCAGACAUUACUUAUAAAACUUAGUUUAAAAAAAAAGAAAAAAAAAAAAAAAAAAAAAAAAAAGGCCAGGCUGCGAGCCUACCAGAGGCUGUCCUCUUUGAUAUCUCUUUUGCAACUGUACCGAAAGUGACUUACUCCUUCGCCCUUCCUGCUUCCGUCUUGCCGGUGCCGUGGUGUUGUCCGUGCCUGGUGAGGUUUUGUGCAGCCGUAAAGUGCUGGUGCUUCUGGUGACCUUUGACCUGUGGCUGUCCCUGUGUUUGUGUGUAUGUGUGCGUGUGCGUAUGUGUGUUUGUCUUUUGGAUUUUUGUUGUGGUUUUGCUUCUGCUGGCUUGCUGGACCCAGGCAGAACGUACUCUGCCGCUGGAGUACAGGAGAUUGCCUGCUGGCUCACGUUCUUCUGCACUUGUCCAUUCCUCUGCCACUUGGUCCCUCUGAGCCUUGGCUUGGCAUUGUGGGUCUAGGGCUUGGCUUAAGGCAGUGGCAGAGUAAGUGAAAUUGGGAGCUAUCAGCCCCCAUGCUGCUUCCACAUCCACCACCUCUGGCCCUGGGUGGUGACAUUGCAGGGACCAAGGUGUCACUGUGGGUGCCCACAGGGCUGUGCCCUACCUGUCCUCGGCCGUCUUCCUUCUGGCCUCAGCUUAGUUCCUAGAGGCUUCAUUGGGGCCUCAGCUAGGCCGCCCCAGGGGCCUACCUUGUGGAUUGGGAGUCCUGUCACUCGUGUAUUUCUGAAACCCCGUUCUGUGGGGUGUUGUUUCCCAGGCAGAUUGGUUAGGGGCCCCACUUGGGGCAACCCAUUCUUCCCUGUCUCACUGUGAGAGCCUGGAGGCCUCCACCAUGGCCAGACAAGGGCUUUGGCCCUCGGGCCUGGUCUGUUCUUCCCAGUGUCUGCAGCUCUUGGCUCUGGGCCCUAUUCUGCCUCCUUCAGGAUCUGCGUCUUCCAGGGAUCCGCUGUUCGACUUGGAGGUGCUUCUCUGCAGGUUCCAAGCCUGCCUCCUCACCCCAGCUUUCCAGUGGAGGCUGCCCACCUUCCAGGCUUGGCUCAGGAAGCUCCUCAUAGGCGGAUGCCCACCUAUAAGAGGCUACAUCCCUUUGUGGUCACAUGGCCUGUAGCCUCUUGCUGACAUUGCUGGUGUCUUCUCUGGGGCCCUGGAUCCCUGACAAGCACAGAAAUGUGAUCUGGUAAAAGGAAAGACUGUGGCCUGAUAGGCCUUUACCUCGUAGGCAGCAGGAUUUUCACUCAGUUUGACACAGCAUGCAGUGCUCUGGGAGCAGGACCUCUGCCACCCUGGCAUUUUUGGUAGGCUGGUUUGGCUCAAGGUGCUCAGACACUCCCAUUGAUGCCUGAGUUGGAUAUGGGUGGAAAUCUGGACUGUUGAUUAUAAGUUACCAGGUGACCUCAUUCCCUCCCUUUGGCUCUUAACUGGUAUCCAGUGAGUUGCUGAUGCCGACUGGCAAGCAGAGCUGGCCCAUGCCUAGAGGAGGAGAGGGACAGGCUUUCUGAGUGCUUUGAUUCUGGCUGGGCUAUUGUGUAUAGCUGAGAAUGGCCCUCUGCAUGGGUCCAGCCUUUUGGGAGGAUGAGGAAGAGGAGGCUGAGGCUAGAUGUGUGUUAAACAGGAGUAGCAGAUCUUUGCUUCUGAACAGGAUAGAGCCGUGCUCAAGGCUUUCAGGUUUGCAGUAUCUCCUUAUUGAGUCUGGGGAACGUUCCCUAUUGAGCCAGCCCUGCAGCUCCACUCCCUGCCCCAUCCCCCUGAUUUCUUGACAGUAAAUCCUGUGUCCAGUUGUGACUGUUGGCUGUUUUCCUGAUCAUUGUUAAUUCCGUUUUCCUACUGUGAGGGUGUUGUGUUUGACUUUCUGACACAGCGAAUGGAGAGCUUGGGCUGAGGCCAGGUCUCCCAAACUUCUCCGCUAAGUAAACCGUAAUGUGUGACUUCCCUCCUAUCUUGACUGCCCGACUCCUUCCUUCCACAUGGACACUCAGAUUUCAAAGAAAACCCGCAGGAGGUGGGUCAGUUUCCUCUGUAGAAUAUGGUCCCAGAGAGUCCUCCCCUCUGUUGUGUCUAGCUGCUAGUCUGGGUGUUGUACCAUCAGUGCAGGGAGUCCACAGCAACACUGAGUUAUACAGGGACCACUACCAUCCCCAGGCUUCCCAGCAGGCUGUUCUCAGUUCAUCUUUCAGGUCCGUGUGUACUCUGUGCUAGCAGCAGCCUUGGUGUUCAAGGCCAGGAUUUGCAGUUUUGAUAAGCUACAGCCCACUUGGAGAUGGUGAGGCCACUUCCCUGCUACCUCCCUCUCUGGUGUGGCCACUUGGCCAAAGCUCCCAUCCACAGCUGGGGUGUCUGAGCCACAGCCUGCUACACUGUUUCCGCUCUGGGAUCUUCUGAGUUACUCUUUUAGGCUGUGGUUUGGUGAAAGGAACCAACACAUUAACGAUCUCCCCCCCCCAAAAGCCACUGAGUAAUUCUUGGCAUGUUUUCUAAGUGCUGUUGGCUGUCUGGUUUGGGAGCAGUUGUGGAGAGGACAGACUUAGUACCACACAGAGGCAUGGGUGUGCUGGAGCUGCUCACAGCUUCCCUGUUUCUGGCAUGUGUCCUGGGUGCGUGCUAUACCUCCUGGGCCAGCUGCACACCUAUGUACUCUGCCCCUGAGAGGUAGAGUGUUCAGGAAGUGUCCCUGAUAGAUUCCCUGUUCUCUAUGGCCCCAGUUGGGCUUUUGGCUCCUCCAGCAACUUCAUGCCCCAACCCUACUUUUCCUCCCAUUUCUCUCUGUCUGCUAGUCCCUGAAGCCUUUAACCAAAUGGGAAUGGGUACAGAAAGCCUUCUCCUGGCAACUUAGGGCAACAGGACAAGGGCUAUUGUGUGUCCAGCUCUGUUGGUCUCCUGGUGCUGAGAGGUGUGUCCAAGCAGAGUUGAUCAGCCCCUGCCUGCCCUGCAGGGCUGAAGCCAGGGGGAGGUUAGUAGAGAGUACCCUAAAUGGGGUGAGGGUCCUUAAACAUCCAAGUGAGGAGGGGCUGUUGUGUGGCUGCAAGGUGAGACCCUGUCUCCAGCACCUGGGUAGGGCCAUCGGGGAUCUGGCUGCAAGGUGAGGUCUGGACUUGGCAUCAGUGCAGAGCGAUCAAGUCACCUGGCCUCAGCAGGCAGCAGCCUUGGUGCCCACCCGUGCCCUGCGCAGUAUUUAUUGCUAAAUUAUUGUCCAGGAGGGGCGGCACUGGGCCUGGCCCCCCGGGUAUUUAUUGCUGUACAUAGUGUAUGUUUGUGAUAUAUAAGGUUUUCUUUAUUUUGUAUAUGAUCAAUAAACGCCUUUUAAAGAGA